AAAAAAAAUUAUAUGACACUUUUGAUACAGGAGGGGUAUCUUUUCAGACCGAGACGUGGGAAAUGCAACAGGCUUCUUCGUAUCGAUGAGUUGUGAACUUUUGGCGAAGUGAAUUUGGCCACACCUAGAUCCUGUCCUAUUUCCACAAAAAAAGAGCGAGAGGAGAACCGGGAGCGAGACUGACUGAGGGGGGCUUUGCGACGCUGUUCCCCUCGCGCAGCUGCGGUUGUUUUGCGUGCCGGUCCAGUCCGGUCCGGUGCGGGUGCGGGGCAGUGCAUUGCGAAGGGCCGACUGGCGGUUCGGUUCGGUUCGGUUCGUUGUGACCCGGACGCGAGAGCGCGGAAUGCGCGGCGGCGAUGGAGCACAACGCGAUCCAGUGGUUGGGCGCCCCCUGCUGUCUACGUGGGUCCUUCGCCUUCUACAGGUCCUUCAGCUGUCGGCCAGAGGGCGACAGCAGGGCUGCAGUCUGGAAGCUCGGCGACUUCUACUUUGUGCGGUGUGCCCCUCAAGAGCCCGUGUGCAUUGCUGAGGUCGCUCUGCUGUGGGAGGACCGUGCUCAGCGUCACCAGCUAGCCAGUUCGAGGCUCUACUUUCUGCCUGAAGACACUCCGAAAGGCCGGAUGUCGGAGCACGGAGAGGAUGAGGUCCUGGCUGUGUCAAAGAAGAUCGUCAUCCGCAUCGAGGACCUUGUCAAGUGGGCGUGUCCAGAGCCGGCAAGUUGGAAGGGGAGGUGCCGGGGUGUCCAGCACGUGUUCGCCGCCACUUCAGGCACCUCUGGGACUCUGGAUGGGAAAUAUGAUGGUGCAGCUUCCCAGGAGCAGUGGCGAGUGAAAGUGCUCAGCUACCCCCAGUACUGCCGCUUUCGCUCCCUGCAGAGGCGCCUCCAGGACCGUGCUGGCUACCCCAGACUGCAGGACCCACACCUGCUGGCACUGGGCGGGAUGCGGGUGUCCCCCCACAACACCUGGGUCCUGUACUGCCGUGACACCUUCAACCACCCCACCCUAGACAGCAACACCAGUGUCUGGACACACUUGGGGUGCACGUCUCUCAGCCUCAAAGGACGACCGCGCAAGAGACGGGGUAGGGAUGGGAAAGGACUGGACCAAGAGAACCACAACCAGUCGGUGGCAUCCUGGAUAGAGAGAAUGAAGGAGAGUGUCAUGGGCAGUGUGGAGCUGCCCUGUGAGGGAAGCUGGCUGCCCCAUCCUGAGGAGCAACACUUCCUCGAUCAGCUGUACGUCUUCAUGGAGCGCAGGGGUUCACCCAUAGGCAAGGUGCCCAAUCUGGGCUUCAAGAAAAUUGACCUGUUCCUCCUAUUCUCCACCGUGAAAAAGCUGGGAGGUUACGAGCGGGUGACAUCAGAGAGACUGUGGAAACAGGUGUACAACGAGCUGGGGGGCAGCCCAGGGAGCACGAGUGCUGCCACCUGCACCCGGAGGCACUAUGAGAGACUCAUGCUGGCGUAUGAGCAGCACCUGAAAGGUGGAGGAGGUUCCGGAAGUGCAGGCGGUGCAGGAGGUGGAGGAAGCCGUGAAUACUCCCAAAGCCAGGGGCCUGUGGCAUCUAGAAAGAGCAGUGAACUGCAGAAGGGGAGGGAGAGCCAGGUCCCUUCAAAGAAGAAAAUGAAUGGCGAGACAUGUCCAAUGCAGGACAGCACAAUGAAACCAAGGACUGCCGAGGUCCGGCGGAGGGGCAGACCGCCAAGUAAGCGAUCUACCAGGCCCACUGCGAAAACCCUGUCCAAGAAGCCCUGUCCUGACUCUGCCCGAGGGGCGCUGCCUCCCAGUUCACGGCGCAGGUCAUUCCAGCCGCUCUACACCCCUCCUCCGCAGGACCUGUCCUCUGUCAAUGACUCCAUCAUCAGCAGCCAGGACCUCCGGGCAAAGCAGUCCAUCCCAGUGCCUCAUGCCGCUUUGUUUCACCCCAGGAUGGAGCGGGCCGUCAUGACCACGUGUGAGGAGCCCGUCAACCUGUGCCCCAGUGGGCCCCUGGGAGCCUUCAGUCUCUGCCCCAUCAGUCUGUUCAGGACCCGCCUGGGCCUCACCACUGAGCAGGGCCCUGGCACAGCUACCCAGGAGACCGGUGUUCUCCAACCCUCUGUUCUGAUUGUCCACCCCAAAACUGAACCCUCCGAACAACUGGGACCGACCCAGGGAUCGCUGAAUGGUUUUAAUGAUGGAACUCCGAGAGGAGGCGCCUCUGAGGCCCGGCCCAGGUCUGCAGUGCUGCCGCCACUCCGGAUUAUCCCCUUGGAUAUUGACUGCAGCCUGCAGGUGCACCAGUUCAUGAAGAGCCGCGUUGGCCCCGCAGAGCUGAGCUCCUUCACCAGGAGGCUGUCUGAGGUGCUCGCCCAGGACCUGAGCAAGGCCUGCGAGCCCCCAGGUGGAGCCCAAGCCAGUGCCCAGGAGCAGGCGCUGCCCCUCAACUUGAGCAAGCGCUGUACUGCCAAAAGGCCAGGUGAAGAUCCUGAGGCCAGGGGACACGGGGGUGACUCGUCCAAGAGAACUAAGCUGGACGUCGACCCCUCGGACAACCCUGGGCAGGUUCUCAAGCAGAGGAAGGACUCUGUGCUUCUCCACGAGGUCCAGGAGGAACCUGCUGACUUGAGCUGUCCCAAGCGAGCCAGGGCCGCAGCCCAGGGCCAGGAUAGCCGAUUUGUUACAGGAUUGGAAAGUGCGGCUGGAUCAGCCAGGCUGAGUCCAGGGUCCUCCUCUCCCAGCCAGAGUGAAGGGGGCAGAGUUUUGGAGUGCACCCCCCGAGUCCCUGGGCUUCCCAAGCAAGUAGAAGCAAAAGAUGAUCCAAGUGGUGCACCAUAUUCCCUGGACAGUGGCCGUGUGGUUGAAGAUCCCAAGAGGUCCUCCUCAGGGUUGUCUUUCUGCCACACCACCCAACCGGGCUCUCUGCAGGCUCUCCCCCGCUGGCCACCACCCAGUCAGAGUCGCUCGGACCCGUGCCGGAACACUGACGUUCAUACGAGUUCAGAGAGAAGAUCACUAACGUCCAGCUGCGUGUCCACAGCAUCACUGACACUCCCAUUGGCUGAGACAAAAUGACCAGUAGAGGUGUCCAAAAGCGACUCGUAACCCAUCCAACUGUGUAACCGUGGUAGCACUACGGCUGUGUCAUAACUCAGUGCUGCGCAUGAUUUUACUGUAUUUUACUGCUGGAUUCAGCCUACAGCUGUAAUGGUAAUUUGCGAAUGCUUCCAAAUUUAUCAAUCACUGUAUUCAUUACGUGUGUAUUUUGUGUCCUACAAGUAGCUAGUUUGACAUAGCAUCUUAUCUUUUCAAAUGUACAUAUGCAAGUAGAGGUAUGGAUAUACUGUCUGGAUAUUUGAGCAAUAUUUAUGUUGCUGAGAUGACUUUGCAGAAUCACUUUAGUUCCUGAGAAACUGUCUUGUAACAAAUGGCCUUCAUCUACAGUACUGUAAUACAUUUGCAUAUACAUUUAUGUGGGGCUUGUUUGGUGUUUUUAAUUGUAGUGGAAAAUGCUGGAUGAGCUGAAAGCUUUUGGCAGAUCAGUUGCUCUUGGAUGGAUUUUCUCUCUCUCUCUCUCUCUCUCUCUCUCUCUCUCUCUCUCUCUCUCGCUCUCUCUCUCAUAUCGGCAUGUUACUGAGGCUAAGUGAUCCUACAACCAGAUGUUAUUUUCUAUUGAACCAAUUCUGGCUUCAGGCACUGGUCAACUGCAUGUCAUUUUUGUUUUAUUUAUUUUGUGGUGAUGAACUGGACAGGCAUCAGCCCUGGUGCAGAUGCCCCCCCAUUGGAUCAAUCCUUCCUUCCUUCUCCGUUUCUGCUUCUCUGCGAAUGCAAAUGGACUGCAGUUCUGUGUACCAUUUUAUUUGACUGAAAAGCUCAGUUCCUGUACUGAUGAAAUGGCGUUACACAGUGGCUUGCACAAUAUCAGAGUGCAGAGUGGAAAUCAUGACAGUGUACAAACCUAGUAGAUGUUUUGUUCUUUUACUAAUUUUUCUUUGUAUUCAAUGUGCUCUUACUUUGCCAUCUGAGCAGAUUUCAAGUAUAAAUACUUACAUGUCAUAAUAUGUAUACCUGUUUUUACUUUUAAGUUGUGUUAGUUGUGUAUGUUUAGGGCUUUUUAAAGGGGAUUUACCAGAGUAAAAUCCAAAUGCCAUUAAUAGUAGGUACCCAUUUAAUUCCAUACUGAUUUUUUCUGAACUGGGCGUUUCUUUAGGUUCAACUAUUUAUAAUCGUUAAUAUUUGAAAUAUUGGACUUUUUAUUUUAUCAUUUUGUAGCUUUUUGUUUACAUUCAGUUAUGCAUGUGAUUUGAGAGAAUGCAUAGGAUCGUGUCUGUAAAGAUUAGCUGGUGUAAAACAGACUGGAGGCAGUUACUUCUGUCUGGUACCUUAUGUUACAGUGUAGCUAGAAUAUUAUAGAACAGCUUUUAAAUUAUAAUUAACUUUUUAAAAACUAUUUUGUAAAGUUAUUGUAAGUGGUCUUCCUGGGAUGUUUGAGGUUAAUUUAAAGAAAAAUUACACACCCACAUUCACAUCUGUCAAGGACUCUUCCCCC